UUCCGUUUACAUAAGUCGGUGGGAAAUCGGAGAAUAUCCCCUCUCGCCUACCGGAAUUAUUCCGCUUCUCCCGAGCGCGGUCGGGGCCAUUAGCUACAAGGCUUUCCGAGACCUAACCAGCCACAUCUCUUCCUCCGCCUGCUUGCCCUCGCCCGAAGCUGGCGUCGGCGGAGAAGCGGCCCGCGAUGGGGGAGGGGAAGGAAGGCGACUGGGAGUGCAGCGGCUGCCGCAACCGCAACUACGCCUUCCGUUCCUUCUGCAACCGCUGCAAGCAGCCGCGCCUCCUCGUCGACACCAAGACCCCCGCCGACUCCAAGUGGCUCCCCCGCGUCGGCGACUGGAUCUGCGCUGGUUGCAGUAACAACAAUUACGCAUCCAGAGAACAGUGCAAAAAGUGUGGUCAAUCGAAGGAUGAAGCAGCAAUGCCAGCUAUUUCAAUGCCUGCUGCAUCACUUCUGACUUAUGCACAUUAUUUUGCAACACUACAAGGACUCUACGGGUCACAGAUGAAUUCUGCAUUAAGUGGCAGUCCUCCUAUUCAGUCCCUUCUACCCAAUUUAAGUUGGCCACUUGGGGAGAAUAGUAAAUACGGGUUGCAGUCUGCUCUCAGUUGCCCCUUAACUCAAUAUAGUAGAAGCAACACAAGUCAGCUUCUUCCAGCCCCAAGAGGCUGGCGUAAUGGUGAUUGGAUGUGUGAUUGUGGCUUUCAUAAUUAUUCGUCACGUUCCGAGUGUAAAAAGUGCAAUGCACCUUUAGCAUCUGGUGCUCCUUCUGUAGCUACCUCAACUGUUUCAGAUAUGUUUUCGACUUUGGGCACAAAAUAUCCGGCAUCAGAAGAGUCUGUUAUCAGCUGGGAUAACAAAAGGCUUAAUCCAGGCGAUGUAAAUAACAAUAAUUUGAUAAAUGGACGGAGGAACUCAUACAAAGGUUUUGAGCAACAAGCAGGUUACAAUUACGAUCAAGCAGCUGGAGAGUAUGCCAAAUAUGCCGAUGCAGAUUUCAUGAUUGGAUCCAUGCAAGGGAAUAUUCAUUCUUCACAUCAAAGAAUGCCUGCUUCCCAUGGAAAAGGGGUAAAACAUUGGCGUGAUGGGGAUUGGAUGUGUGGUAACUGCAACAAUCAUAAUUUUGCAUCUCGUUCUAUUUGUAACCGGUGUAAAACUCAGAAAGAAGCUGCUGUCCUUCCAGUAAACGUUGCAUAGCUUCUAGUUGUGUUGUGGAGCUGGAUAUUGUUCGGAAUGCUUAAGCUUUCAGUGUUUCCGAGCAAAGAAUGCUCUUUUUUGCAGUUUGAUAAUAGGAGGAUGAGCUUGUGCUAGGGAACAGUUUGCUCAAUUGCAAGAUGGAUCCUUGAAGUGGAUUUUGGUUGCUGAUCAAUAAAUGUGCCAUUAGUGUGUUGUGUGUUGUUUUAGUUCAUCCACACUUGACGGAACACCCAUCUUUGGAUGGAUACCAAGCAGCUUGUUGCCAAAAUAAUUCUAAUAAUAGCUUCCUGCUAGAAGACGGUGGCAUCCGAAACAGGCAAUUUUUGUGGCAGAUUUGUAUGAUUUAUAUAUCAUGGUACUCGCACUGGCGGAUUUCUGUGACAUCAAAAGGCUCGUCUUCCCUCCUGCGAUCCAAAAGGUACGACUUCGGUCACUGUUUUCUUCUCUUAGAUCCUCGAUGGAUGGACCCGAGACUUGCAUCGGGCGACAGGGACAAUGUUAGAAAUCAAAUAUUUGAGUUUUGAGUCAAAUUGGUAAAGACUAGCAUGCAUGAGGUUUAACAGUACAUGUAAUUCGAUUUUUUUUUUAAUCAUUAGCGAUGUUUGAUUA